CCAACGCAGAACGGUAAAGGGAGAGUAUUCUGGAACGUCAACGAGAGUAGUCUCACGCUCCAACAUGGCGCUAUCUGUGGUGAGAAACCUUCCAGUGACUUACGCUAGGGCAGGCGUAUUGAUAAAACGACCUGUGCUUUACAAAUAUAGUCAUGGAAAACUUCUAGCUUACAGUUCACUUAGUAGACUGAACUGUGAAUUCUCAACAGGAUCCUCUUCAAAUCUUCAAAAAGCUGCAGAAGUGGGCAAACCUGCACUGUACAAUCCUGAGCAAGAACCUCUGCAGCACCAUGAUUACUUCGGUGUCAGGUCUCUCGUCUCUUUAAAAGACCUCUUUACUGCCCGUGUUCAUCUUGGACAUAAGGCAGGGCUGCGAAACGAGUUCAUGUCUCAGUACAUUUUUGGCAGUCGUCUGAACAUUGACAUUAUUGACCUCGACAAGACCUUGCCACUGCUGCAAGAGGCUUUGAACUUUACAGCACACAUUGCCUAUAGAGGGGGCAUCAUUCUUUUUUUAAGUCGUCACAAUCAGAUGAUGCCUGUAAUUGAAAGAACAGCCAUGGAGUGCGGGGAGUAUUCCCACUGUCGCUACUGGAAAGGUGGCACCUUCACCAACUCUGCCAUGCAGUUCCAGGGAGAGACACGAUUGCCUGAUUUGUGCAUCUUCAUCAAUACACUGAACAAUGCCUUUGAGCAGCACAGGGCUGUGAUUGAAGCCACCAAAUUAUUGAUCCCUGCUGUGGGCAUUGUGGAUACAAACUGUGAUCCUUGCCUUAUAACGUACCCAGUUCCUGGUAAUGAUGAUACACCUGUUGCAGUUGAACUUUAUUGCCGACUAUUUAAAGAAGCAAUCUUAAAGGGGAAGGCCAAACGUGCAGAGGAUGGCUUAACUGGUUCAUGAGACUAACAAAUCUAUUCUGAAUAAAAAAAAAGUUUUGUAAUAUAUUGUCAUAGCUAAUGAUGCAAACUGAAGGCUGUUGAAUAAUUGCAAAUUGUACAAGAGAUCAUGCAAUAGCAGUACUAUUAUUUUGGCCAGGAAGUAAGCUAAAUAACAUCAUGCCUCUUCUGUUAAAUCUUCUUCAAAAAUUUAUAAUCAGACUUACAUUAUCAUUGUGAUCAUAUUACAACAAUGCAUCUGUAUUGUUUAUUUCUGUCCACAAAAAACAUUUUCCCUGUUGGGAGAUCCCAUAUGUAAUGACAACAUAAAUACAGUCAGGGUCACUCACCCAUACAGUUACAACCCCCACUUAACCACUCAGUGAUGACCAUCACAUACUAUGGGUUUUGUGUCAAAACAUCUUUGUCUUUAACUUUGAAAAGAGUUUAUACUGACAUCUUGCUAGGCUAAGUAAAUGUUGCAUGACACAAUUUGUUUUGUCUUCAGGGUAUAGCUUGUAAAAGCUAUUAAACUUUUUUCAUGAAGAAUUUGCUUUUCUUGGUUUUUGUUUCUAAAUGAAUUACUUUGCAAGAAAAACACAAGAGUUUGACUGGAUAUUUGCUCUUAUUAUAAUCAUCUUUCCAAUCACUGAGUAAUGUCUAGUGUGUUGAUAGGGCAACUGGAUGUUUGUCACGUUCCACUCACUUUUGGCCUUUUCCACUGGCAAAUUUGCUGUGAUAUGGCAUCAGUUGCUGGCACGGCAUUAAAGACAAACACUGGCAAAUGCUAAUGCAUUGACAAGAUACGAAAAGAGUGCAAAAGACUGGAUGUGGAGCCCUUAUUAACACUGAACUAGGAUGUUUCAGGAUACGGAGAACCAUGGAAAUUAAAAUGGAUGUCAGAAAGGAGGAAAAAGAUGGUUUAAACAUUCUGUACAAUCACAGAAAUAUAUUUUCUAAUUGGUCUUCAUGCCUUCAGCAAGUAUGAAUACUUCAUUCUGGAGAGUACUUUUGGCUUUGAAGCUAUGAGACUAUGGAUUAAAGGCUAUGGAUCAAAGUAUAA